AUGCUUCGCUCGGUUCUUGAGUGGCGGCAGCAGAGCGAUGCCGCUAAUGUGCUGCCACGCUGGGAGAAGCGCCGGCACGAGAAGUUAGAUCUGCACUGGAAGGCCCUCGGGCGUUCCGGAGUCGACCACGAGGGUGAUCCUGUGGUUUUCGAGCGUGUCGGGCAGAACGACUUUCCAGGCCUGCUGAGCUGCGAUCCGGAGUUCCUCAAGCAGCACACCAUUUACAAUGCAGAGUGCGUCUUCGCUAGCCUCGAACUCGCAAGACGAGAGAAUUUGAAGAAAGGCAGUAGCCGCGGCUUUCAGUUCACGGUGGUAGUGGACAUGUACGGACUUGACCUGGGUUUCAUGGAUCGGCACCUCCUGGGCUUGCUGCAGACGCUGGGCCGAGUGGAAUCGGACAAUUAUCCUGAGGCCCUCAAGCGGAUCAUCGUCAUCCGGCCUCCCUGGAUCUUCCCCUGGAUAUGGCGUGUGUGUCGCCCUUUCUUGGACCAGGGAACAAUCGAGAAAGUCGAAGUGGUGGACGACAAUGAGACGACAGAAGCACUCCUAAGACACAUUCCUGCCGAGAGUGUGCCGAAGGCACUCGGUGGAAAAUGGUUUGAUGGCAACGACGACUAUUGUUCCAAGUUUAUUGUUCCUGGUAGCAUUUUGCCUCAGGAGAUCAUAGACAUGACUUUUUCCAGCAUCAAAGCUUGA